AUGACGUAAGUUCCAAACUCGGAUACAGUUGGAGCCGUCUAGCAUCUGAUCUCAACCUGACAAGAAUGGAGAUUAACCAGAUUGAGAACAACCGCGGACUGACCAGAAACACCCAGCGGGCAUUCCGGGCGCUGAAGCAGUGGAGGAAGAAGUCUGGACAUGGACCUCUGCACUACCUCCCUCAGCUGGUAGGGGCUCUGAAGAACAUGGAGGAACUCAGCCUGGAUGGGGAUGUUACGGCUUUUCUACAGGAAUAUCGUCACAACUUGCCCCAGGUGACUGUCAGUCCUGAGGAGCACAUGGAUAUUCAAGGGGUGUUCAAAUGGUCGCUGCCUCACGAGGGCAAGUUUUACUGCCAGAACUCGGAUCUCCACGUCAUCACCCCCUACCCCCUGUACGUGACUAGUCGGAGCUGGUCUGCAGAACCGUGGAAGUACGAGUCAGACUGGGUACCUGUGGGGCCGCUGGUCCACUUCCAGUUCCGCUCUGACGAUGCCACAGAGCCAUUGGAGAUUGACCAGUCAGAUCAGUCAGAUUAUUCAGAUCAGUCAGAUCAGUCAGAUCAGUCAGAUCGGUCAGAUCAGUUAGAUCGGUCAGAUCAGUUAGAUCAGUUAGAUCAGUCAGAUCAGUUAGAUCUCUGGUCUGCAGAACCGUGGAGGUACGGGUCAGACUGGGUACCUGCGGGGCCGCUGUUCCACUUCCAGUUCCGCGCUGACGAUGCCACAGAGCCAGUGGAGAUUGACUUCCCUCACAUUGUCGAAUUGACAGGUACAGAAGCUCUAAAACUCAAUCAUAUCACUUUUAACAGUUCUCAGCUCUAACAUCACUCUAUGACUUAGGUGAUAGGAUGCUGGUGCACUAUCACAUGUUAUUAUUCAAUAUCAUUAUUGUUAUUA